CUCCAUGAGUGGCAAGGAAGCAAGACAACAUCCCCACACCUCCAGACAGGAGACAUCAAGGCAGGACCUGAACCCUUCUCAGCAUCCUCCCUCCAGCCACCAAGGAGCCUCCAGACCCUGCCCUCCUGAAUCCAACCCCCAGUCCUCAGAAUGUUCCUCCUGCUGACAGCACUUCAGAUCUUGGCUGUAGCCACGGCACAGAACCAAGCGAACGAGACCAGGAUACUUGGUGGCCACCCGUGCGACAAGAACUCCCAACCAUGGCAGGCAGCCCUACUGGCAGGUCCCUGGCGUAGUUUCCUCUGUGGAGGGUCCCUGCUGUCUGGCCAGUGGGUCAUCACCGCUGCUCACUGUGCCCGCCCGAUUCUUCGAGUUGCCCUGGGCAAGCACAACCGGAGGAUUUGGGAGCCCACAGAGCAGGUGCUGCGUGUGGCUCGCCAGGUGCCACACCCCCAGUACAACUCCCAGACCCACAAUAACGACCUGAUGUUGCUGCGGCUGGAGCGGCCCGCGCGGCUGGGGAAGGCAGUGAGACCCAUCGCCGUGGCCAGCGCCUGUGCCAACGCGGGGACCUCCUGCCUGGUGUCGGGCUGGGGCACCACAUCCAGUCCCAUCGCCAGGUACCCCAACAUUCUGCAAUGUGUGAACAUCAACAUCUCCUCGGAUCAGGAGUGUCGGCGGGCCUACUCUGGAACCAUCACCGACGGCAUGGUCUGUGCGGGGGUCCCCGAAGGCGGGAAGGACUCCUGUCAGGGUGACUCCGGGGGACCCCUGGUGUGCGGAGGAGAGCUCCAGGGCCUCGUGUCCUGGGGGAUGGAGCGCUGUGCCCAGCCUGGUUACCCCGGCGUCUAUACCAAUCUGUGCAAGUACCAAAGGUGGAUCCAGGAAACCAUGCAGAGCAGAUCAUAGCUGAUGUGACAGAAUAUCACCUGCCCACAUGCUUUCCAAGACAUUGCUCCUCCCACUCAAGACCCAGAGAUCCCAGCCCCCAGCUCCCCAUCCCUCAGACCCAUGAGUCCAGGCCCCCAGCAUCCUGAUCCUGACCCCUGGCUCAGAACUCCCCUCUCCCAGAGCAGUUCCUUCAGGGGUCCUCUCCACACCCCAAAGCCUCCCCGUCAUUAUUCAAGGCACCCCUAAGACACACAGAGCAGGAGCAUGAGGGCAAAGGAGCUGAUCUGGCACUAUAUUCCGAAAAAGACAAUUUUCAAAACUUUUGAUGUCUCUAAAAACCAGAUAAGUACUACUAAUAAAGUUUUA